AUGUCCACGACGCACCUCAGCUCCCCGGCGCCAAACCGGAGCUACCUUUCCACUGCCACCUACGAGAAGACCGACCCCUCGGCGGUGGAGAGGCAAAUUCGCCUGCUGCUUUUCGGCUUGUGCGUAACCAUCGCCACUGCUACCUUUGUCGGAGGUGUGUAUUCACUGCUCUCUCUCCUGCGGAUGAGGAGAAAAACCUCCCUGUGUCUCAUUGUGGCUUCCAUGUCGGUAGACGACCUGCUUAGUGUGGUCCCCCUCUCCUUGUUCACGCUCCUCCAGUGGGAGACGGAUGGAGGUGGGGGGUCGGGCAGCCUCUGCACUUUGUCCGGACUUCUGUACGUGUUCCAGGGUGUUUCCAGCAAUAUGAAGGCUUGCCUAAUAGCAGCCUAUACUUUUUAUGUCACCAAGAGGUUUGGAGUGCUCCAGUCUACUCGCCGGCCCCUAAGAGUGAUGUGGGCUAUUGCCGGCGUCUGGGCGGUCAGCCUGGCCGUCAGUGUGCUACCUUUGUGCGGAUGGGGCAGCUUUACGCCGGCCUCGCUCGGGUGUUUCCCUGAGAGCGACAGUUUUUACAUCCUGCUGCUUUUCUCGCUAUAUUCCCUGUGCUUCUGCGGCUUGUUAUUUUUCUUUAUCCCCCUCACCUACCAGCUGCUGUGUUCAAGAGAGCCCCAGAGGACUUUACUGUACCCCAGCUAUUUGGAGAUGACAAGAGGACUGAGUGGUUCCGCUCCCCUUUGUGAUCUUCAGUCCCUUUCCCGGGACAGCCUGAACAAAAGUUUAGGUGCCUACAACGAGCUGAGCCCAAGUUCGUGCGUGACAGAGCUGAGGGAGAAAGAGGACAGCGGCGUGUCCCCAUUGUCCGUCCGCGGACAGAGGACACCUGCUGUCGGAGACACACCAGUGGUGUUUGCACAAAAGCGCUUCUCCAUGAUCCUGGCGGUUGUCCGAGUUGUUUUAUGGAUGCCAAUGAUGACUUUGGUUCUGGUGCGCCAUGCACUGAAUGCACGCAGCUUGUCCCUGGAGACUCUGAGCUUCUUUCUGACUCUGCUUGCCCCCGCGGUCACUCCGUUAUUCAUGCUGUCUGAGCGCUGGAUCCACAUGCCAUGUGGCUGCUUCAUUAACUGCAAACGGGAGCCAACACAGGAGCCCCCAGUGAUGAAAAGAAGAUUUGAGUUCAAUCUUUCCUUCCAGCAAGGCUAUGGCAUGUACAAGAUGUCACAUGCCACCAUGUCUCAUAACAGUCCACCCCUUGAGAAGCCUACCUAUCACAGCCUCCUUAACUGUGAGUUCCCUAACGCCCGCCUUGAUGCGCUAGAAAGUAGCGGGCUCUCCAGCCUUGGGCCCGAUUUUGAUUUCAGCACCACAUGCCCAGUGGACAGCUCCUCUCAUGCAGACCUCCUGUUGGAGGGAGUGGCCGGAGGAGGGGAGGUGCUGGCUGAUUGUCCUCCUCUUCUCAGUGAGAACGACGGAGAUGACGAUGACUUCCGCUGCGUCCCAUUGCUGUCUUCUCAUCACCGGGGGCAGGAUCACAAUCUCACUGACACGUCGUCAGUGUUCGAGGGGCCGGAGAGGAGGCUGUCGCAUGAGGAGUGUCGUAAAAUCGAGCUGACGGAUUGGGAGUGGUGCAGGAGUAAAUCAGAGAGGACACCCAGACAGCGGUCGUCAGGUGGUCUGUCAGUCCCCUUGUGCGCCUUUCAGGGCACUGUAUCUCUACAAGCACCCACGGGGAAAACCCUCUCUCUCUCCACUUAUGAGGUCAGCAGCGAUGGACUCCGAAUCUCCCCAAACAGCGCCAAGAAGGUGGAAGUGUAUCGCUCCAAAUCAGUCGGCCAUGAGCCCAAUGCAGACGACCCAGCUUCAGGAGGCCAGGCCAGAAACGUGAAUGUCAACAGUGUAGAGAUGGGCAUGGAGAUAGGAAUGGGGAUGGGGAUAGGAGCAGUGGUGGGGGACACCAACGUCAAGAUCCACCUUGAGGUUCUGGAGAUCUGUGACAACGAAGAGGCCAUGGAUAGUGUCUCCAUCAUCUCCAACAUCAGUCAAUCCUCCACCCAUGCUCGCUCACCAUCGUUGCGCUACUCGCGAAGGGAGAACCGCUUCGUCUCCUGUGACCUGGGCGAGACGGCUUCCUACUCUCUGCUGAUCCCCAGCAGCGGCAACCCUGAGACCGAGACCAUCAAUAUCACUAUACCUGACACAGUGGAGGCUCACCGCCAGAACAGCCGACGGCAGACACAGGAGAGCUCGGGAUAUCAUGAGGAGAUACAGCUGCUCAAUGAGGCCUACAGAAAGCAAUCCGGGGGGACGGAAGAGUGACAUACAUACAUACAGGAUAACAGGAAGGUGGUUCUCAGGAGGAGGUAGAAAGGGAAACCUCUGUCACCGAAGAUGAAAAACAAAUUUUCCUAAUCAUUCCACAUUUACUUUCUGAUCACCACUCAGAACUGACAGGUGACCCAAAUAGAGACUUAGAUUAAGCCUUUUAUGAUAGUCUGUUUGCCUACUCUUGUACUUCCUCUUCAGAUAGCAUCAUGAGAGCACAUGCAUCUUCUGUCUGUAGAGUACAUAGAGAUAGAUUAGCCUGUAAAAGAACACAUAGUAGUAAAUUGGGGUAAACAGCAGAGAAAGAGACAGAGCCAAAGGAAGGGGAGGAUAGGAGUGAGAAAAAGUAUUCUAGCAGAACGUUUGUAGUGAUGCCAAGAUUUUCACCAAACGGCAGCAUAUAAUCAUAAAAUAAAUACAUCAAGAGAGAAACUCACAUAGACAUGGAAAAGGAGGGGCCACGGUCUGGUCACGUCUGAUAUCAAGCAGCUCCUUUAGACUAUGUCUCCAGUGACUCAGCUGUGAAGGGAGGGGUCACCUGACCCAUGUGUCUGACUCAUCCCUGUGUGUGUUUUGUUGUGAUCUUUGUGUGUGAGAAGUAGCCUAGCCCAUAAGGAUGAGGGCAUACGUAUCAGACUAAUGGUUUGUGAUGUCUACCAAGAGUAUUUAUACGUUUCCCUUAUAAGAAUGUGUUUAUUCUGCAUAUUACUUUAACUUAAUGUGUGUUUUUCUUUGCACCCAGCUGCUAUGUCCAUUAUGUAUUACACAAUUAAUGUUGCUACUUAGAGAGAAACCACUACCCAUGCCGAAAAUCUGAAACAGGAGGAGCGAAAAAAGGAAAGGAGAGUCAAGCAUUUGAGGGAA